UGACCUACAACUCUGUGUUUUGGGUCGACGAAGACCAAUGGCGUGGCAGGGAAGGCGGGCCCGAGCUGUGUUAGGGUGUCCUUGCAGGGUGUCUGAGCUAAACUUCACCAAAUAAUAGCUGUUUGUAUUUUGGCUGCUGCAGGAGCCAUUUUAGAAGUAAAUUUCUUCCUUCAGUAGAUGAUAAUGAAAAUACAGAAGAAAGAGAAGCAGUUGUCAAAUUUCAAAGUUUUGAAUCACUCCCCAAUGUCUGAUGCCUCUGUCAAUUUUGACUACAAAUCCCCAUCUCCUUUUGACUGCAGUACUGAUCAGGAAGAGAAAAUUGAAGAUAUUUCUAGUCAGUGUCUGCCCCAGAAGGACCUGUAUGCUACUGAAGAGGAAGCUGAUACCCUUUUCCCUAGGAAAAUGACAUCCCAUAAUGGGAUGGAGGACAGUGGAGGAGGAGGCACUGGAGUGAAGAAGAAACGGAAGAAAAAGAAUCCAGGAGAGCAGGAAGGUGCAGCAAAGGGAAGCAAGGACAGGGAGCCCAAGCCAAAGAGGAAGCGAGAGCCUAAAGAGCCAAAGGAACCUAGGAAGGCUAAGGAGCCGAAGAAGGCCAAGGAACCCAAGGAGCCGAAGCAGAAGGAUGGAGCAAAGAAGGCACGGAAGCCCCGAGAGGCCUCGGGCACUAAGGAGGCCAAAGAGAAGAAGAGCGGAGCUGACUCAGCAGCCAGGACAAAGUCCAGAAAGGCCAGCAAGGAGCAAGGACCAACCCCAGUGGAGAAAAAGAAGAAAGGAAAAAGGAAAAGUGAAACCACAGUGGAGAGUUUAGAGCUGGAUCAGGGCCUGCCGAACUCAUCCCUGCGGAGUCCUGAGGAGUCCACUGAGUCUGCAGACAGCCAGAAACGACGCUCAGGACGGCAAGUGAAGCGCAGAAAAUACAACGAGGAUCUGGACUUCAAAGUGGUGGAUGAUGAUGGGGAAACAAUCGCUGUUCUUGGAGCUGGCCGAACAUCCGCCCUCUCGGCUUCUACACUGGCUUGGCAGGUGGAGGAGCCUCCUGAAGAUGAUGCAAACAUCAUCGAGAAGAUCCUGGCAUCUAAGACAGUCCAAGAGGUUCACCCUGGAGAACCCCCAUUUGACUUGGAGCUAUUCUACGUUAAGUAUAGAAAUUUUUCCUACUUACAUUGUAAAUGGGCCACAAUGGAAGAGCUCGAGAAGGAUCCUCGCAUCGCACAGAAGAUCAAGCGAUUUAGGAAUAAACAAGCCCAGAUGAAGCACAUUUUUACUGAGCCUGAUGAAGACUUGUUCAAUCCAGACUAUGUAGAAGUUGAUCGCAUCUUAGAGGUGGCCCACACCAAGGAUGCAGAAACAGGAGAGGAGGUGACACAUUACCUGGUGAAGUGGUGCUCACUGCCAUAUGAAGAAAGCACGUGGGAGCUAGAGGAAGAUGUGGAUCCUGCAAAAGUGAAAGAAUUCGAGUCUCUUCAAGUUCUCCCUGAAAUUAAGCACGCGGAGCGGCCUGCUUCAGACUCAUGGCAGAAACUUGAGAAGUCUCGCGAGUAUAAGAACAGUAACCAGCUCCGGGAGUACCAGCUGGAGGGAAUGAACUGGCUCCUUUUUAACUGGUAUAACAGAAAAAACUGUAUUUUAGCUGAUGAGAUGGGCCUAGGGAAAACCAUCCAGUCCAUCACAUUCCUUUCAGAAAUAUUCCUAAGGGGAAUACAUGGCCCUUUCCUCAUCAUUGCCCCUCUCUCCACCAUCACUAACUGGGAGCGGGAGUUCCGGACAUGGACUGAGAUGAAUGCUAUCGUGUACCACGGCAGCCAGAUCAGCAGGCAGAUGAUCCAGCAGUAUGAAAUGGUGUACAGAGAUGCACAGGGAAACCCCCUUUCAGGAGUCUUCAAGUUCCAUGUUGUCAUCACAACAUUUGAGAUGAUCCUAGCAGAUUGCCCAGAGCUGAAGAAGAUUCACUGGAGCUGUGUGAUAAUUGAUGAAGCCCACAGAUUGAAGAAUAGGAACUGCAAACUUCUGGAGGGCCUGAAGCUCAUGGCCCUGGAACAUAAAGUGCUGCUCACUGGAACGCCCUUGCAGAAUUCUGUCGAGGAGCUCUUCAGUCUGCUAAAUUUUCUGGAGCCAUCACAGUUUCCUUCAGAGACGGCCUUCUUGGAGGAGUUUGGAGACCUGAAAACAGAGGAGCAGGUGAAGAAACUGCAGUCUAUCCUAAAACCAAUGAUGCUUCGGCGGCUGAAAGAUGACGUGGAAAAGAAUCUUGCUCCCAAACAAGAGACGAUCAUUGAAGUGGAGCUGACUAAUAUCCAGAAAAAGUAUUACCGUGCCAUCUUGGAGAAGAACUUUUCCUUCCUGGCCAAAGGGGCAAAUCAGCACAACAUGCCCAAUCUCAUCAAUACCAUGAUGGAGCUGAGAAAGUGCUGUAACCAUCCUUACUUAAUCAAUGGGGCAGAGGAGAAAAUCUUAGAAGAUUUCCGAAAAACCCACAGCCCUGAUGCUUCUGACUUUCAGCUGCAGGCCAUGAUUCAGGCAGCAGGGAAGCUGGUGCUGAUUGAUAAACUGCUCCCUAAGCUGAUUGCUGGUGGCCACAAAGUACUCAUUUUCUCCCAGAUGGUGCGCUGCCUUGAUAUCCUGGAAGAUUAUCUCAUCCAGAGAAGAUACACCUAUGAGCGAAUUGAUGGGCGAGUACGGGGAAACCUGCGCCAGGCAGCCAUCGACCGGUUCUGUAAGCCAGACUCAGACCGCUUUGUCUUUCUUCUGUGCACCAGAGCGGGAGGCCUGGGGAUCAAUCUCACAGCUGCUGAUACCUGCAUCAUAUUUGAUUCAGACUGGAACCCACAGAAUGACUUGCAGGCUCAGGCCCGAUGUCAUCGGAUAGGCCAGAGCAAAGCUGUGAAAGUGUAUCGCCUCAUAACUCGGAACUCCUACGAGCGGGAAAUGUUUGACAAGGCCAGCCUAAAGCUUGGUCUAGACAAGGCUGUUCUUCAGGACAUCAACCGAAAGGGCAGCACCAACGGCGUACAGCAGCUCUCAAAAAUGGAGGUGGAGGACUUGCUCCGGAAGGGUGCUUAUGGAGCCUUAAUGGAUGAGGAAGACGAAGGCUCCAAGUUCUGUGAAGAAGACAUAGACCAGAUUCUGCAGAGGAGAACUCAUACCAUCACCAUCCAGUCUGAAGGGAAAGGAUCCACUUUUGCCAAGGCUAGCUUUGUGGCUUCAGGAAAUAGAACGGAUAUUUCCUUAGAUGACCCUAACUUUUGGCAGAAAUGGGCUAAAAUAGCUGAACUGGACACUGAAGCAAAGAAUGAAAAGGAAAGUUUGGUGAUCGACCGGCCUCGUGUGAGAAAGCAGACCAAACACUACAACUCCUUUGAGGAGGACGAGCUCAUGGAGUUUUCAGAGUUAGACAGUGACUCCGAUGAAAGGCCCACGAGAUCAAGGCGCUUGAAUGACAAAACCAGGCGCUACCUCCGAGCCGAAUGCUUCCGGGUAGAGAAGAACCUGCUCAUCUUUGGCUGGGGCCGGUGGAAGGACAUCCUGACUCAUGGGCGAUUCAAGUGGCAUCUGAACGAGAAAGACAUGGAGAUGAUUUGCCGUGCCCUGCUGGUGUACUGUGUCAAGCAUUACAAGGGGGAUGAGAAGAUCAAGAGUUUCAUUUGGGAAUUGAUCACACCUACCAAAGAUGGGCAGGCCCAGACCCUCCAGAACCACUCAGGGUUGUCUGCCCCAGUCCCUAGAGGAAGGAAGGGGAAGAAGACGAAGAAUCAGCUGCUACUCCCAGAAUUGAAGAAUGCAGACUGGCUGGCCACCUGCAACCCCGAGGUGGUCUUGCAUGAUGACGGCUACAAGAAACACCUCAAACAGCACUGCAACAAGGUACUUUUGCGAGUCCGGAUGUUAUACUACCUAAAAGCUGAAAUACUGGGAGAAGCAGCUGAUAAAGCAUUUGAAGGAGCUCCAGCCAGAGAGCUGGAGGUGUCUCUGCCCGACAUCGACUAUGUGGAGAUCCCAGCAGACUGGUGGGAUGCUGAGGCCGAUAAGUCCCUUCUGAUUGGCGUGUUCAAGCAUGGCUAUGAGAGAUACAAUGCCAUGCGAGCAGACCCAGCACUUUGCUUCCUGGAGAAAGUUGGGAUGCCAGAUGAGAAGUCUCUUUCUGCAGAACAGGGAGUCACGGAUGGAACCUCAGACAUUCCUGAAAGAGGCAACAUGGAUAAGGAAGAUAAUGCUGGGGAUAAAUUAGAUGGCCUCCAGAAACAAAUGGAGAGUUCCAGCGAUGGAGGUGAUGGCAUUUUUGGUGAAAAGAAGGAUGACAGCCAGGCAGCCCAGGAUGGCUCCGAGCCAGACAGAUCGCCCUGGCCAGUUUCCUCCGCUCUCACAGCUCGUCUCAGACGUCUGGUCACUGUCUACCAGCGCUGCAACCGCAAAGAACCCUGCCGGCCUGAAAUUCUGGGCCCAGGUAACCAAGCAUACUGGGUCCAGGAAGAGAUGUUCAGGAGAACCUCAGAAAUGGACCUCAUCAACAAGGAAGCCCAAAAGAGGUGGACUAGGAGAGAACAAGCAGACUUCUACAGAACAGUGUCUUCCUUUGGUGUGGUUUAUGACCAGGAAAAGAAAACCUUUGACUGGACGCAGUUCCGAAGCAUUUCCCGUUUGGACAAGAAGUCAGAUGAGAGCUUGGAACACUAUUUUCACAGCUUUGUGGCCAUGUGCCGAAACGUCUGUCGUCUGCCCGCAUGGAAAGAUGGUGGCCCCCCAGAUCCCACCAUCUACGUUGAACCCAUCACUGAGGAACGGGCCGCAAGAGCUCUGUACCACAUUGAACUUUUACGGAAGGUUCGAGAGCAAGUGCUGAGGUGUCCUCAGCUGCACGAGCGCCUCCAGCUCUGCAGGCCCAGCCUCUACCUCCCGGUCUGGUGGGAGUGUGGGAAGCACGACCGUGACCUGCUCAUUGGCACCGCCAAACAUGGGCUGAACCGCACUGACUACUACAUCAUGAAUGACCCCCAGCUGUCCUUCCUGGAUGCCUACAGAAACUAUGCCCAGCAUAAAAGAACUGAUACCCAGGCACCAGAAAGUCUCUGUUGCCUUUAUCAGACCAACUCCAAACUAUAUGAAUCUCUUACAUAUACUCAGAUGAGUAGGACCUCGGAGUCUUUUGACAAUGAACCUGAAAAUCUAGUGAAAAUAGAAAGCAGAGAGGAUCACCUGGGUCAGCCUGGGGGCAGCUUACCUGACAUUACUUGUGAAAACUUUAUUUCUAAAGUUCAGGAUGUGAUUUCCAUCAACCAUGAUGAAAGCCUGCUGCCUGAGUCUUUGGAGAGUGUGAUAUACGGUAAAACAGUGUUCAGCCAAGAGCCAAGCUCUUUUCAGGAAAGCCUGAGCAGUUCCAAUGCUGACUCCAGGAGAGAUGCUGUUGCUGUCUCAGCAAGCAAAGAUGGGGACUGUCAGCCUGGUGGCCACGAGGCAGAAAUAGCUUCAGGUCCAUCUUUUAUGAGUAUUUUAGAAGCAGGAGUAGCUCAAAUAAACAAUAAAAAUGGAAAACAUUUGUUGAUGUCUAUUUCAAAGGAGAGAGAAUUCUGCUGCAGUGAGGCAGGGCAGAGACCUGGAAGCAUUAGGCACCUAGAAACCAAAUGCAUGGCCUCCCCUUCCUUGGAUCAAGGAAAUGAAAGUGGGUUUGUAGAUAUGUGUAAUCUUAGUGUUUGUGACUCCAAAACAAGUCUGUCAGCAAAUCAGCAAUUAAUUGAUUUAUUAGAAAACAAAAGUUUAGAAAGUAAAUUGAUUUUGAACCACAGCGAUGAGGAGGAGGAAGAGGAGGGAAAUGAGGAGGAAAACUUAGAUAUACCAGCAGACAUAAAGAAGCCAGAAGUUUUACAUCUAACAGAGUCCACUACUACUAUCCCAAGGGAAAAGAACCGAGGCUUCCAUGUAGAUGAAGCCAAGAAAGGAAGCUUGGAAGCGGUAAGCCUGAGUACUGGGCCACAGAGGGCUUUUCCCCCAGCAGCCUGUCAGUGCCACUGCAGACACAUGGAGAGAUGGAAGGCCAGCAUUGAGAACGAUGACUUUGAAGUCGAGAAGCCCAAGGGUUAUAACCCAGACCUGUACACAAGCAGAGCUAAUAAUAUCACAGUGGAGAGCGAGCCAGCUGCUAUUCCAUCAGAGCCAUUUAAAGUGAAGCAUGAACUUUUAAAAGAACCCUGGAAAGAAAGUGCAGAAGGGAAGAGAGGUUUCCCCAUAUAUCCUCUUGAAAGAAGUGAACUCAAGUCAGAAGACAUGAACUUUGAGAAUAAAGAUGAUUAUGACAGAAAUGGACACUGCCAUAGUCAAGAUUAUCCAGGGAGAUACUCUGAAGAGGAGAGUAAGAGCUCAACAUCAGGCAUUGCGGGAGACGUCACGGAUGACCUACAGGAGGUGCGGGCUCCCACCAUUGCUCAGCUGCUACAGGAAAAAACCCUCUACUCCUUCUCGGAGUGGCCAAAGGAUCGUGUGAUAAUUAACCGCCUAGAUAACAUCUGCCAUGUAGUGUUGAAGGGAAAGUGGCCCUCCAGUCAGCAGUAUGAGCCCUCGGGUACACUGCCCACCCCUGUAUUAGCCAGCAGUGCUGGUUCUCGGAACAGCCUCUCCGAGCCGGAAGCGUCAGAGCACGGCUUCAGCAAUGGCGCAGCAUUGGUGGCCCAGAUCCAGAAGGAGAGCUUCUUGGCUCCAGUAUUCACAAAGGAUGAGCAACAUCACAGACAUCCCUAUGAGUUUGAAGUGGAAAGGGAUGCAAAGGCCCGGAGCUUGGAACAGUUCUCUGCCACCCAUGGGCACCCCCCUAUUGUCCUCAAUGGCUGGCAUGGGGAGUCAGCUAUAGACCUCUCUUGCACAUCAGAGGGGUCCCCAGGAGCCACAUCUCCUUUCCCAGUGAGCGCCAGCACCCCUAAGAUUGGGACAAUCAGUUCGCUUCAAGGAGCUCUUGGCAUGGACUUGUCUGGGAUUCUACAGGCUGGUCUAAUCCAUCCAGUGACCGGACAGAUUGUCAACGGGAGCCUUAGAAGAGAUGAUGCUGCCACGAGGAGGCGGAGAGGGAGACGGAAACAUGUUGAAGGAGGGAUGGAUCUCAUCUUUUUGAAGGAGCAAACACUUCAGGCGGGAAUCUUGGAAGUUCAUGAGGACCCAGGGCAGGCCACCCUGAGCACCACACACCCUGAAGGGCCAGUGCCUGCUACCUCAGCACCCGAAACCGUCACAGCAGCCAGCAGCCAGGCCGAGAAGGCCAUUCCCAGCAAGAGUCUGCUUGACUGGCUGAGGCAGCAGUCCGACUACUCCUUAGAAGUUCCUGGCUUUGGGACAAAUUUUUCAGACAAACCAAAGCAGAGGAGGCCACGUUGUAAGGAACCUGGAAAAUUAGACAUUAACUUUCUGAAUGGAGAAGAGAGGGUUCCUGCUGUCCCCAAGGAGCCAGGACCAAGGGGCUUUCUCCCAGAAAACAAGUUCAAUCACUCCCUGACUGAGCCUGUUCUUCGAGAUGCAGGCCCCCGCAGGAGGGGGAGGCGGCCUCGGAGCGAGCUCCUGAAAGCUCCUGCCAUUGUGACAGACUCUCCUUCUGGAAUGGGGCCACUGUUCAUGAACGGACUGAUUGCUGGGAUGGACCUGGUAGGACUUCAGAACAUGAGAAAUAUGCCAGGCAUCCCACUCACUGGGCUGGUUGGGUUUCCAGCUGGCUUUGCCACAAUGCCUACAGGCGAAGAUGUCAAAAGCACCUUGAGCAUGCUACCCAUGAUGCUGCCGGGAAUGGCCACAGUGCCCCAGAUGUUUGGUGUUGGGGGACUCCUCAAUACGCCCAUGACAACUACCUGCACUUCACCUGCUCCAGCGUCUUUAUCAAGCACAACAAAAAGUGGUACGGCGGUGACCGAAAAGACUGCAGAAGACAAGCCAAGUAGCCGUGAUGUAAAAACAGAUACUUUAGCUGAAGACAAGCCUGGUCCUAGUCCAUUUUCUGAUCAGUCUGAACCUGCAAUAACUACGAGUAGUCCUGUGGCUUUUAACCCAUUUCUUAUCCCAGGAGUGUCUCCUGGACUCAUUUACCCAUCCAUGUUUCUCUCCCCUGGCAUGGGCAUGGCUCUGCCUACCCUGCAGCAGGCCAGACACUCUGAAUUCGUAGGUCUGGAAAGCCAGAAGAGGAAGAAGAAGAAAACAAAAGGGGACAACCCGCACCCCCACCCAGAGCCUGCUCCCAGGUCUGAAAGGGAGCCCAGCAGCAAUCAGAACUGCACUGAAGCCAGUGCACCUUUGCCCCCAGACAGAGAACAUGUGGCACAGGCUGGGGACGGAGGACCCAAAGACUCCAACAACAACACCAAUUAGAACCUUUUUCAUUGGAAAAAUUAUUGUGACUUGUAAGUUUCUUAUCCCAUAAAGGUUUGUUAUUUCCCUCACUUCACCUUCAUAAGAACCUGUGUUUCCAUAAGUAAUAUUACCUACCUAAUUUCCUGUCUGAAAACUAUUGUAACAGAUGUUAAUAGUUGCAGGGUCUUGCCACUUCGUUAGAUAUGUGUCGUCUACUAGUCUAGGAGGCACAGAAUUCUCAUUCUGUUAUCCAGUUGUUCAUUCCAGCAAUCAUAGUUAAUACAGUACUUGGUGACGCGCCCCACCUCCUUCUCUUCCAAGUUUCCCAUUUAUUUGAGGAGAAAUGGCAAAAGAAAGCUGUCUAGGGAACUUACCAUUGAAGGGCUGAAGAACAGAGACCAAGAGUAGCUCUUUUCACUGUGGGCUGUGUUGAAUGGGAAGAAUGGAAUGGGGGAACCAAAAAGCACAGAAAAGGGAAGUGCUGGUGUGUAUUUUUAAGUUGAAAUAUUUCCCUAUUUUAUCAUGAUUACUAAAUGAGUAGUAUAGACGAGUAAAUAACUAAUGGUUGAAAAUACAUAUAUUCAUUUCUUUAUAAAAAAACAAAACAAAAACCUUACUGGUAAUAAUAUAAUUUCCCCCUUCAUGGUUUUUCAGACACCUGCAGCAAGAAGAAAUACUGACUAGGCAUUAUUUUGUAUAUAUGCGUUAAUCUCUCCUCCCCCCAAGUUAAGAGACGAUUCUCAAUCUGAGAAAGCUUUACACACCUUGAGUUAUGGCCGGUGCCAGGGACGGGGCGGAGGGGUUCAUGCUCCGUGGAGCUGCACGUGCUUCACAAGCACACGACUCACAUCCUCUCACCGCCUUCUCAGAAUUUCUGUAGUCAGUACAUUUGCCUGUGUUUAAAGAACACCGGGACCUAAUGGGCCUUUAUUUUGCGCUUUCCUUCACCAAGAAUAAUGCUCUUCUGGAGCCUGCGAGAAAUGAGUCAACACUUUUACGCUUGUUAGGUCCUUCUGUCAAGGUUAUCUAAGGUUGUCCAAACAUGUGUGCACCACCUUUAUAAUACAACUGUGAAAAGUAUUUUCUUCUUGCCAUUACUUCUCUGUUCUGUUUAUGUUUUACAGUUGGACCCAAGUUCCAGAUUAUCAAGUUGGUUGAGAUUGUGUUGCACAUUAGUAUUCUUUUCUCUUCUUCAGCGUCUCCAUGUUUAGGAACAUGACUGGGAAGAACCCGCUCAAGCAGCCCUUGUUCCCGUUUUCUUUGGUCCUCCCAUUCAUUUCACAUCCCUUCAGAUAGUCUUAUUCUUUAUUGAUACUCAGAGACUUGAAAUCAGCUUGUGGCUGAGUACUCCAAGGGCGCAGGCCUGUGCGGGGCGGUUGGAAGUGUUACUAGUAUCAGUUUCACUUUUGUUGUCACAAUUUACUAUGUUUUUUACUUUUUCUGUUACGGUUUUGCUAAUUUAUCAGAAGGUCCAAAAGUUUGACAUAACUAUUUCAGUUUGCAUUAUUUAUUUAUGAUGCUUUUGUCAUUGUCUUUUAUACAUUUGGGAUUAUAAAUUAUGUAAAUGUUAAAAUGAGCAUCUCAAAGAAGUCUGUUAAAUUGUGACCGAAAAAAAUCAAUUAACUGUAUUUUCAGAAAGUGGAGUCCCAGUUUUAUGAAUCGGAGACAUAAACCAGAAAUUCCAUAACUGAUCAUAUAGAAAAGAAUCCAGCAAUUGAACAAAUUCUAUUUAAUGACAUCCUUGUAGCAUAGAUGAUCUAUAGUGCUGACAACAGAUUUCUUAGAAAUGCUGCUAUCUCUAUUUAACUAACAUUUUGUUCAGUUUUUGCCUCCAGUGGAAGCGGAAAGGGUUUUUUCAGCUGUUAAAUCCUAAAAAUCAAUAUAAUUUAUUUAUGUAAAAAAAAAAAAAAUCACUCAAUUGAUAUAUUUUUGAACCUUUUAAGUACUAAUUUUCUUUUUAUCAAGUAGAAAAAAAAAAUGUAUUUGCCCUAAAUCCUUAAAAUACAAAUGCUAUAAAAAUUCAUGUAUCUUGAAAGCCUUACUGCAAAUGAGUAUUAUAGAUAUCCAGCAGAGUCUGGGGUUUUCUUUGUUGUUGUUGUCGUUGUUGUUUUGUAUGGAAAAGCUGCUUUCCCCAGGUUUCACUUAUAACUUUCAUUAGGUCACAGAGUUCAAUAUGGAUUUAAUUUAAAAACCCACCAGCAUGCUAAAAUCCCUUGUUAUGUCUUACCGAACCUGUAUAUUAACUCCUGGGUGUGUAGGCUUAUAUUUGACUGCUAUUGUGACCCUGUUUGCAAAAUGAAAAUGACACUCUGUGGAUUAUUUGCCCUGUAAGGCAUAAGUGCUGCUUAUGAUUAUUUUGACAUUUCCAAGAGCAAAAGCCAAAUUUAAACUCUCUUCAGCAGACUUGAGCCUUUUCAUCUACUUCCCUGUCACUCACAGCCAUACCUUUUCUUGGUCAUCCUUCACCCCAUGUCUUACAUAAUAAAUUGUCUGUGGUCUUGAUCCUGGAUUUAAAAA